AUGGCGAGUCGUUCCACUCUCAAAAUUGGACUUGCCAUGACUAUUGACCGAAGCUUAUUCGCCUUCGUCGACAGGCGUGGUAUAUCCAACUUCGAGACAGUCCGUAUAAGUGAUGGCAUCAAACCGAUGGGUGGUCGGAAAAAUCUGACAAUUUCGGUCGGACUUCCGACAAUCGCAUUCCUGCCGAGCAAUUUGGAAAGUCGGUCGGAAUUUCGACUGCCGGAAAUUCAAAAUGUCAAUUCGGUCGGAUUCCGACCGAACCAUUCCGACAGUCGGUCAAAAUCCGAUUGUCCGAAUAUCCAAAUGUGA